UGAAAGCGCGCAGUUGGUUUAGAAGCGGCCAGCAGUAAGCACACGACAGCCGCAGCAAGUGAAAGCAAACGCUAAAGCAACGACAUUAACAUAACUGUUACAUAGUUUGAAUUUACUYUACUUUASUGUGUCCCGUUAAGUUACGCGGCAAAUUGAGUUUAUCUGCCUCGCUUUAUAAUCACAUUAGAGGUAAAACGCGGUGAAAUUAAUUAAAAGCAAAGAACCAAUAAACUAAAGAGUGCAACAAGUGUGAAUUACAACAACAACGACACUUACAGGGAUAUACAUUGUACAGUUAAAGUUGAAGGACUUAAAGGCAGUGCUACAUCGGUUCCUUAAAGUUACGACAGUAUUUUUCAAAAUCAAGAUGCAGCAUCCCACCAGUAAACGGCAGUCCAGGUGUAAAUUCCUCACCACCAUUUUCCACGCCUUGCUCAUAAUCGCCGCCGUGAACAUGAAAUUGGCCGGCGUGCACGGCGAAGAGGCGGUCACAGGCGUGGCGCUGCCGGCCGCCAACGAAGACAAACGCAAUUGGCAGGCGCUGCAGGGCCCGUGGGGUAAGCGCGCACACUAUGCCGGCCCAACGCUGCCUGAAGUGAAUGAGCCAGAKGACGACGAGCGUUUGGUGCCGCUGCUGAUCAGUAACGGGGAACGCGACGAACCCUUCCUGAAGUUCUCCAUGAUGUACCUGACCAACGCCGGCACACUGGAUCGCUUGUUGAACGACAGACAGGACGAACAGAGUGCGCUGAGAAURAACGAUGAUCUGGUUACGUCUAUGGAGGAUGCUGAAGGGUACGGCAACAACAAUGAUGACAACAACACUCCGCUUAGCGAGAAGCGCGCUUGGAACAAAAUGAACGCUGCYUGGGGCAAGCGCCGCAACGCGCCCACUUGGAAUAAAUUCCGCGGUGCAUGGGGCAAGCGCGAGCCCGGCUGGAACAAUCUCAAGGGCAUGUGGGGCAAACGCUCCUCCAAGGAUUGGGUUAAGUUGCAUGGCGGCUGGGGCAAGCGCGCCUUAAACUAAGSUGCUGCRUGUGGAACCGGCUCAAUUCGCGAUGGAAACCCUUCAACAGAAUGUGCAGCUAAUAUGUGUUUAACGGCCAUCAGCAAAUCAGCAUGAAACCCAACAACAAUCUACAACAAAUUCACAAAAAAUAUGAGAAACGCAACAAAUGUAUACAAAAUCAUAUUAUGUAAUCAAAUUUGCCUAUUGUACAUUUUACCUUACGUCUUUAUAUGUGUAUGUGUGUAAACAUAAUUAACUAAAUUAAUCUCUUGUAAUAAUACAUAUGUAAGCAGUGUGACGGGAGCUAUGUAUGUAAAUGUAAAAUACGGUCAACUAUCAGCAUCUAAAUAUACAUUCACACACACGCAAACAUAUAUAUAAAUAUAUAUUUUCAACUAUUUAUAUAUGCAUGUAACAAUUAGGAAGCAAAUGAAAAGUAUUAAAGGAAUCCGUGAACAGCAUUUAAAAAAAGUCAAUCUCAAUCCGGUUUUCUAUUCGAAAUUUUUAAUACCAAAAAUGUAUGAAAGCCUUAAAUGUUCUGUGUCUGUAACAUUGUAUGUAAAUGUGUAAAGUUCUUUUAAUUUAUAUUUAUAUACUUCGAGACGAGUAUUUAAGGAUUUCUCCCCCACUCAAAAGCAAUUUCGUGCAUGCAGACAGACUCACCGAAGAGGGAAAAGUGGAAGAGAAAUGCAGCCAACAAUUCCAGUCAAUUAAGUCUGGUUUUAUGU